AAGAAGUCACUCAAGCAUUGAAACAAACACACAAACUGCAGAAGUUUGCAGAUUCAAACUGUUAAUUAAGCUGUCAUCUGUGUCAGCUGGUAUAAGGAGGGCUAUUCAGUAUGCGGAUUACGUCCAUUUUCCAAGGGGCUCUUCUGAGCUUCUUGGUGUGCUGCUUGCUUGCUGUGAGCUGCUAUGGUGAGGCCCCUUCAGGGCUCACUGUAACCAAUGAUGGAAAGCCUCAAAUUGAAGAAGUGGCUGCAGAUCUCAACCCAGAAGAGAAAUUUUAUUUCAAGAAACAUCUUCCACAUGCCCCGUACUUCAAGAAACCACUUCCACCAUUUAAGAAGCACCUUCCACCACCUAUUCCAAUUUAUAAGAAGCCCCUUCCACCAUCAAUUCCAAUUUAUAAGAAGCCUUUUCCACCGUCCAUCCCAAUUUAUAAGAAGCCACUUCCACCACCUAUUCCAAUUUAUAAGAAGCCUUUUCCACCGUCCAUUCCAAUUUAUAAGAAGCCACUUCCACCACCUGUUCCAGUUUUCGAGAAACCACUUCCACCACCUAUUCCUAUUUUCAAGAAACCAAUUCCACAUGAGCAUCCUUUUUUCAAGAAGCCAUUUCCACCAAAAGUUCCAAUUUUCAAUAAGCCGUUACCACCACCAAUUCCAAUCUUCAAGAAGCCACUUCCACCACCUAUUCCAGAUUUUAAGAAGCCAUUUCUUCCACCAAUUCCAGAUUUCAAAAAACCAUUUCCUCCACAUCCCUUUUCCAAGAAACCACUUCUCCAUCCAAUUCCAUUUCAUAAGAAGCCACUUUUGCCUCCACUCCCAUUUCACAAACCAAUCAUCAAGAAGCCUAUUCCUUAGGAAAUAAGUAUUGCUUUAGUACUACUACUCAAUAAAUUAGGUGAGUGAAGAGUGGAAAGACUCACGAUCAGUACUGAUUGUUAUUUUCCUUUAUUUAUAAUGAUGCUGCUGUAAUUAUGAUUUGGUUACUAUAAAAUUAAUAAAAAGUGACUUAUGCUUAUGAAAA